AUGCCGGUCUACAUGCUCUACGGCUUCCGCUGGCCGCGCGCCGGCUUCACCGGCAUCCGAGUCUACAUCGUGCUACACAACCUGGAAGACGCAACCGCCGAAUACAUCCAACAACCACUCACGACCUCCCUCCUGCUCAACUGUUUUCAGAAAACCGAUCCCGAGAUCCUCUCCCGCCUCCCCAACUCCCUCCGCUUCAUUGAACAAUAUGAUCCCCAGGAUACGUCUGAUCAGGCGGUGAGUAAGCCGUUUGCGUAUGUCGGGGCGAAGGUCAUUUCGAUUCCGGAGGGGGGGAGUGCUGCAGGGGAGGAGGGAGAAGGGGGAGGUGGUGGUAUUGGGGAGACGAGUUGGAAGCCGGAGGAUAUUUUUCAGGAGGAGCCGUUGGGGAAGGAGGCGAUGGAGGCGAUUACGGAGUUGAGGGAUAAGUAUGCGGCCGGGGAGAGGAUCGGGUGGUGGAUUGUUUAUAAUGGCGAUCCGGAGAGGUGGUUUCCGGUGGAGGAGGAGGAGGAUGGGGAGGGGAGUUAUGAUGAGGAUGAGGAGGGGGAGUAUUAUUAUGAGGAUGGCGAUCGGGAUCGGGAUGCGGAUUAUGCGAGUGAUAGGACGCAGACGCCGCCCGAGACGCCUUCUUCUGCUACGAUGCGACUGCCGGAACGCUUGACGAGGUUGUUUGCGAGGAGGACGGCAUGA